AUGGGGAUGGAGGUAGCCCUUGCGGAGCUGGAGCGAGUCCAAAUGCAGCUCCUGCAGCGCAUAUCCAAACUCGAGCAUUCUCAUCUUCCAUCAUCGCCUUCCCAAAACGACACCGUUGACGACGCCAGCACCGACACCGUGUCGCGCCUCUCCUCCGUUUUGAGCAGCAAGGGCGUCCCCGAUUUCUCCUUUAAGAGAGUCCCUUCCGAUUACUAUGAUUGGCCUCUCGAAGCUCGUCGUGACGCCCUCUCCGCCGCCUCAAUCCAACAUCUCUGUAAAAGCAUCGUUCUCAUUAAUACGCAAGCCCCCGCUAACGUCGUCGAUUGCACCAACCGCAAUAAUUCCAAGUAUUACGUCGUUGUCGUUCAGUACACCGCUCGUUUCAACGCCGAUGCUGUUAAGAAUUUUCUGUAUUCGCUCAACAAUGGAAGUAUCGCGAAGAAGAAAUUCAACAUGAGGCUAGCUCCUGAGGAGACAUCAAUGGAGUUAACUGGAUAUGGACACAAUGCAGUGACUUGUAUUGGCAUGAAAACAGAUAUUCCGGUGAUUUUGGAUGAAGCAAUUGUAAAGCUAACUCCAGAUUUCUUUUGGUUGGGUGGUGGCGAGGUUGAUCUAAAGCUAGGGAUCCGAACAUCUCAAUUGAUCAAAUUUAUCAACCCAUUCAUUGUCAAUUGUAGCAGUAAUUGA